UUGAAAGUUAACAAAAUCGAACUCUGCCUCUGGAUACGCAACUAUUGAUACGGCAACGAUAUCGUAGGUAAACUUACGAAAAAGUUUACCUCCCAUGGAAGGUGGUUUAGAAAUCGAUAUAGCCCGCAGCUGAAAGUUUUGCAAUUCGGUUGAUGAAAGCCAUUGGCAAGGUGGACAUGUACUUUAGUGAAAACCGGAACGGCUUAUUAUUGGCAACGGCGAUAACUUUGGACCCUCGUUCCAAGUUUGCAUUCUGCGAGAAAGCGAUAUUCCGACAGCGGGAUAUUGAAGUUGGCAAGGAGACCGUGCGUCUGGCUUGGCAGGAAUUUCGACCUGUUGUUCCUUCUCCUACAGACUCUGCGCAGUUACUAUUUCAACAAGUGAUCGGACAGGAUGAUGAUAUACACGCUAUAUUACCGAAAGUCAUCGCCUGCAACGGAGGGUUUUGAUGUGCUGCAAUUUUGGAGAUGAAAGAAGCAUCAUCCCAAAUCUCUCUAAGUUAGCUAGAAAACAUAUGGCUGUGUGUGUGCGACUUCAACUUCAAGUGAGUGUUCCUUUUCUCGAGCUCGAUUAUUUGUCUCACUCUGCGAAAAAGGUCAAAGCCGGAAUGAUUUCGCAUCAGUAAGUUACUGUAGACAAUGAACCGCUUACUGGAU